GUUGCAACAGGUGUUGGCUGAGGAGAAGUUCAAAGUCUUUCUACCUGCAGGCGGCCUUGGCCGGGGAGAAGCCCAGCCCUGGCUGCGGACUCCGGGAAGGUGGAGACCGCGGCAGCCCGAGAGCUACAGCGCGGCCGCCUGUGCCGGCCCGGCCAAAGCGGGCGCCGCCACCACCUCCGCCUCCGCCUCCACGCGGGCAGGAGGGCGUCCCGGGCUGCGGCCCAGAACCCCGGUGCCCCGCGCUCCCGGAUGCCGAGGCGCCCGCGAAAGCCGACUCCCCCCCUUCCGUGUGCCUGGGCCUCCCCACCUGGCCGGAGGCGGCUGGGGCCGGGGGCGCUGUGCGCUGCCUGACCGCCGCCAUCCACGAGCAGCUGGUGCAGCCUCGUCUGCUCUUCCGACUCCGCGAGGACUGCGCGCCCCCAGGGCACGAUGGCUCAGCCCUCUGCGCCCCGGGAGAGGAGCCGGACUCCGGGAUCCGCGCGGGGCGGGGCUCCGAGGAGGGUGAGCCCGAAGCCUCGGGCGCGGACGAUGGGGGCGACAGCAGUGACCACGACUUCGAGAUGGUGGACUUGAAUGAGAAAUUCGUCUUCGGCCACUUACUCCUGCCCCCCUGCCGGCUGGAGACCCGCGAUGAGGCCCACAAGCCUGCUCGGGAGUGCAGCCCCCACCGCUGGAUGCACUUGAUCCCCGGGGGUCGGCGGCAGCAGCAUCGGAGCCGCGACCUGGAACCGCUGGACACGGAGGCCAAGGACGGGCGGGCCUCCCCACUGGCGAUGGAGGAGCCCCCUCGGCGCGGGGCCCAAGAGCACCUCCCCGCGUGGCGGCGCAGGAGAUUCCUGCGUGUCACCGGACGGGACUCGCCCACCCACAGCUCUCCGGAGAGGGGCAGUGACUGCAGCCACAACAGCUCAGACCACGAGGACGGCUUCUCUGCUGACUUCAGCUACGGAGCAGACGACUACGACGGAGAGGGGAAUGAGGAGCAGAAGGGGCCCCCCGAGGGCUCGGAGACCAUGCCAUACAUUGAUGAGUCACCUACCAUGUCACCCCAGCUCAGCGCCCGGAGCCAAGGUGGUGGGGACAGCACCUCUCCCACCCCACCUGAAGGACUGGCACCUGGGGUGGAAGCAGGGAAAGGCCUGGAGAUGAGGAAGCUGGUUCUCUCGGGGUUCCUGGCCAGUGAAGAGAUCUACAUAAACCAGUUGGAGGCUCUGUUGCUGCCCAUGAAGCCCCUCAAGGCCACGGCCACCACCUCUCAGCCUGUGCUUACCAUCCAGCAGAUUGAGACCAUCUUCUACAAGAUCCAGGACAUUUAUGAGAUCCACAAGGAGUUCUACGACAACCUCUGCCCCAAGGUGCAGCAGUGGGACAGCCAGGUCACCAUGGGCCACCUCUUCCAGAAGCUGAAAAGGGAGAAAGAUGGGGAGAGAGAGGAAGAGAGAAAGCUAGACACCUGCAGAAGUACUUCACUGUUCACAAAGCUUCCCCCCGAAGGUAGAGACCUGGUGUCCUUGCAUAGUCAUGCCAGCCAGCUUGGUGUGUACAAAGCAUUUGUGGAUAACUACAAAGUGGCUCUGGAGACAGCUGAGAAAUGCAGCCAGUCCAACAACCAGUUCCAGAAGAUCUCAGAGGAACUCAAAGUGAAAGGUCCCAAGGACUCCAAGGACAGCCACACAUCAGUCACCAUGGAAGCUCUGCUUUACAAGCCGAUUGACCGAGUCACCAGGAGCACCCUGGUCCUGCACGACCUGCUAAAGCACACACCUGUGGACCACCCAGACUACCCACUACUUCAGGAUGCCCUCCGAAUCUCCCAGAACUUCCUGUCCAGCAUCAAUGAGGACAUCGACCCCCGCCGGACUGCGGUCACGACCCCCAAGGGGGAGACUCGGCAGCUGGUGAAGGACGGCUUCCUGGUGGAAGUGUCGGAGAGCUCCCGGAAACUGCGCCACGUCUUCCUCUUUACUGAUGUCUUGCUGUGCGCUAAGCUGAAGAAGACAUCUGCUGGGAAGCACCAGCAGUAUGACUGCAAGUGGUACAUCCCUCUGGCCGACCUAGUGUUUCCAUCUCCUGAGGAGUCUGAGGCCAGUCCCCAAGUGCACCCCUUCCCUGACCAUGAGCUGGAGGACAUGAAAAUGAAGAUCUCCGCCCUCAAAAGUGAAAUCCAGAAGGAGAAAGCCAACAAAGGCCAGAGCCGGGCCAUUGAGCGCCUGAAGAAGAAGAUGUUUGAGAAUGAGUUCCUGCUGCUGCUCAAUUCCCCCACAAUCCCAUUUCGGAUCCACAAUCGGAAUGGAAAGAGCUACCUGUUCCUGUUAUCCUCUGACUAUGAGAGGUCAGAGUGGAGAGAAGCAAUUCAGAAACUGCAGAAGAAGGAUCUCCAGGCCUUUGUCCUGAGCUCAGUGGAGCUCCAGGUGCUCACGGGAUCCUGUUUCAAACUUCGGACAGUACACAACAUUCCUGUCACCAGCAAUAAAGACGACGAUGAGUCUCCAGGACUCUAUGGCUUCCUUCAUGUCAUCGUCCACUCAGCCAAGGGGUUUAAGCAGUCUGCCAACCUGUACUGUACCCUGGAGGUGGACUCUUUUGGUUAUUUUGUCAGCAAAGCCAAAACCAGAGUGUUCCGGGACACAAUGGAGCCUAAAUGGGAUGAGGAGUUUGAGAUUGAACUGGAGGGCUCUCAGUCCUUGAGGAUCCUGUGCUACGAGAAGUGCUAUGACAAGACCAAGGUCAACAAGGAUAACAAUGAGAUCGUGGACAAGAUCAUGGGCAAGGGGCAGAUCCAGUUGGAUCCACAAACUGUUGAAACCAAGAACUGGCAAACUGAUGUGAUUGAAAUGAAUGGGAUCAAAGUGGAAUUCUCCAUGAAAUUCACCAGUCGAGACAUGAGUCUGAAGAGGACCCCAUCCAAGAAGCAAACUGGUGUCUUUGGCGUGAAGAUUAGCGUGGUGACUAAGCGGGAGCGCUCCAAAGUGCCUUACAUCGUGCGGCAAUGUGUGGAGGAGGUGGAGAAGCGGGGAAUCGAGGAGGUUGGCAUCUACCGGAUCUCGGGAGUGGCGACCGACAUCCAGGCACUAAAAGCCGUCUUUGACGCCAAUAACAAGGACAUCCUGCUGAUGCUCAGUGACAUGGACAUCAACGCUAUCGCCGGCACCCUCAAGCUCUACUUCCGGGAGCUGCCUGAGCCCCUCCUCACAGACAGACUUUACCCAGCCUUUAUGGAGGGCAUCGCGCUGUCAGACCCUGCUGCCAAGGAAAACUGCAUGAUGCACCUGCUCCGCUCCCUGCCUGAUCCCAAUCUCAUCACCUUCCUCUUCCUGCUGGAACACUUGAAAAGGGUUGCUGAGAAGGAGCCCAUAAACAAAAUGUCCCUUCACAACCUGGCUACUGUGUUUGGCCCCACGUUACUGAGACCCUCAGAAGUGGAGAGCAAAGCGCACCUCACAUCAGCUGCAGACAUCUGGUCCCAUGAUGUCAUGGCACAGGUCCAGGUCCUCCUCUACUACCUGCAGCACCCCCCCAUUUCCUUCGCAGAACUGAAGCGGAACACACUGUACUUCUCCACCGACGUGUAGCCCAAAGUGGGAACAGCUGUGGGGGGUGGCCUGAGCCAGCCUCUCCAGCGGGGGGACCCAACACAGACUUGAAAGACUAUACUAGAAACUCCCAAACCCAGCACUCCAGACUCUGAGGGACACAGAUUUCCAAGAACUGGAAUAUGUGCAUCUUCUGUGCCACCUUGUACAAAGCCAGCUGACCCAGCCCCCAGCCUCACCGCCAAGCCCCGGGCUCCGGCCCUGUGUACCUCUAGUUGUGUCUAAUGCUCUGUGCUAUUCAGAGAUUGUUUUAUGUCUAUUUGUCAUGCAGAAAAGGUAGUGACAGACCCGGCGUGGGCACACAGACAGCCUGCUUUGUUCUUUCAUUUCCUCCACUGCUUUCUUUCCUCCCGAGUCCAGUCUAAGGGCUUUUCUUUUGCACUCUGUAACUGCUGCCAACUUAUCCUCUCUUGGUCCUGCUCCCAGAUUGCAGUCUCCUGGCAGCCUCCCCUCAGUUCUUCUCCACCCACCCCUGCCUCCCAGCUCUCACAUGCAUGCGCAGCCUUGGUUUUUGCUCAGUCUCCUUGAAGGUUCUGAGGAGGCCUUGGGUGGCAGUGGCAGCCUCAUUGAUGCCCCUGCUGGCCCGCAGCCCUCUCCUUGCCCUCCACCCGCGGACGCACACCUGCUUUGCCUUGCUGCCUGUGCAAAUGUUGGACGAGGAGACAGAUGCACUCAUCCCCAGCUAAGCACAGAGCUGGAGAGUGGACUUCUCAAAUUUCCCAUCUGAGGAUCUCCAUUUCUGGGGGUCAUCUGUUCUGUCUCCUGCCUAGCAGUGAGGCAUCUUUGACUGUUUCUUCUACAACUUUUCAGUUCCUUUUCCCUCUUGGUGUUUUAUUUCCUUUGAGUGUAAAAGACUCACAAGUGACCUAUUGAGAUAGCCAGAGGGUCAGGUAAGAAUUAGGGGGAGAGGGAGAAUCAGGGCACUAGGGGAAGAAGAAAGGUUGAGCUUUCUGCAGAGUUCCGUGUCACACUGGGUCUCCUGAGUCAGGGGAAAGCGGCUCCCACGGGGUUCUGCUGGCUUUUCUAGUGGAGCCACAUGUCCAAGAGGACAGCUCAUAGAGCUGAAGCAGGUGUCCUGAAGUAGGCAGGCUCCAUCUAGGCAGCCACCUCUUCCUGGAGCCUCAUGGCUCUUGGUACCUUUGCCUUAGAUUUUACAUAUAUUCUCCACAGCCCCCACUGCCACGUGUGCUCCAGGGGUGGAGAAAAGCAGGCACAAUCCAGCAGUAGCCCACUGUCACGGUGCUGCCUCACUGUCCUUGGCUUGUGGGCACAGCCUUUUGGGUGAAGUCCGGGAAACUGCACACGUUGGCGGAGGAUAAGGAGUCACAGGCACCUGCCUCUUUCAGGAUUGGGUUUUGACGGGAGCCAUCAUUAACAGUUGACUCCAGAGUAGGGAAAUCAGCAGAUUCCAUUCCCAACUUUGAAACCCAUUGCUCAUUCCAUUAGGAAGGAGUGUCACCCCAAAGGAUGAUUGCUUCCUCUCUGAGCAGUGGUUGCCAGCCCAUUUCAGCCUGGGAGGCAUGUAUCUCUCACUUCCGGCCACCCUACCCCCAGCUGAGAGGCUUGAGCUGUACUCCACAGCUCCCUGGCUCUCCUAUGCAGAGAGUAGGUUCUAGGCCAAGACUGGGGAUGGCAGCUCCCAUAGCCUGUUCUUUUGGCUAGGUUUAAAGAAGGGUUUGCUGGCCAGAAAGAAAGAAUACUUGCUCAGUGAGUGGCAAGGCCCUUUCUGAUUUUGUUUACACCUGUUGCCCAAUCUUGGGCUGAACGGUACACAUUCUGUGCACAUUGGAGAAAAGAAAUACCUACAAGGAGGGUGAUGCUUAACAAGUAGCCUUGCCCCCUGGGGUAGGAAUUGAAGAAAGAGAAUACCACUUGGUUUAAGGAACUGGCAUCUGACCGUUGCCGGAGUCUCUGCUCGGCACUUAGGGGUUGCUGUGUGGCGUGGAAGGUUCUUGCUCUCAGAGCCAUUGAUGGGAGUGAACCUGGAGGCCCAGCUAGAUCUAAUGAUGGACCCAAAUGGCUGCCUCCCACCUCUCCCAAAUGAGAUAUUUGCCUCUCAGCAUUGGGUAAUACUGCAGCCCCUAAGCUUGCACUAGCAAUAUGGCAGCAGGAGGAAGGUUGGGAGGGCUGAGAAAUGUAAAAGUUUCAUAAUAUUUAUAAAUGCCACUCCCCAGGUGGUUAGGGGUGGGUACCAGGCCUGGAUUAAGCUGCACCUAGGAAACCGCCUACAGGUUCUCAAGACAGAGACUGUACAGCCCAGAAGCUCAGCCACUAUGCCCAGCAGGGCAAGCAGUGCCAACAGGAGCCCAGCAAACAGGCUACAAAAUCCCAACACGCCUGUCCUUACAGGGCAAUAGUGGGGGGCUGCUGGUUUUUGCUGAUACAGGCAGGUUGGGACCCUUCGUUAAUAUUUGACUUUAAUAAGUUGGUGAGGAUAUAUUUUUUUGUCUAUGUUCUGUUUCAACUUAUGUAGAUUAUUAUAAAUUGAUGUAAACCAUGUGAAAGGCAAAAUGUUAAUAAAAAAUGCAAAGCCCCAACAUUUGCACACAACUUA